AUGUCUUCUCUUCUCAAAUCAGUUACCUUCAUUCUUCUUAUUUCCCUCACCAGUGCUGGAAUUUUGACCAGGUCAAAACGCGGAUCAUACGGUCCACCAAGCAAUUACUCUCCUCCAGAAAGCCAAUACGGUCCAGGUUACGGGCAGAAUGGUGGUGGCGGAUACGGUAGACCAAGUGGAUACGGAAACGGUGGUGGUGGAUACGGUAGACCUCAACAAUAUGGAAACGGUGGUUAUCAGCAAGGAGGAAACUAUCCACAGGGAGGAUUUCAACAAGGCGGGUUCCAAGGUCAAAAUGGUGGAUUCCAAGGACAGAAUGGAGGAUUCCAAGGUGACCAAUCUGGAUUCCAAGGAGGACAAACCGGAUUCCAAGCAUCUCCACCAGUUCCACAACCUGGACCAUCCGUCCCAGUUCCUGGACAAGGUACAUCGAACGUCGGACCAGACUACUCUACCGUUGGACAAACUGCUCCAGUUGCUGCCCCAGGAGCCGGAGACUCAGGACUUUUUGGAGGAGGAUCUGCCAGCACUGGAUUUGAUGAUCCAGCCUUGGCUGCUGAUGCGAAACUAACCCAUACCACUAACGAUAAAGUAACGGAAACGUCUGCAACCGGAACUGCCACAAGGAAGUGA